AUGGGAGCCCCUUCUCUCUCGAGCACAGGCGCGGCUGCGGCCGUCGCGAGGGGCCUUCGCCAGAGGAAGCGCGGAGCGCAGCAGCCCUCGUCGCGGAGCUUCGCGUCGCAGAGCGCGAGACGGCAGCCGGCUCCGCAGUCGCCCUCUGCACGCUCAGUUGGCGAAGCUGAUUCUUCCUUUUCUCCCUCCGCCCUUUUUCGCGCCGCAGCCUCGGCCUUCCCUCCUUCGUCCCCCCCGCCGUCUUCCGCUGCGUCUCCCCCUGUCUCUUCCCAGUCUCCUCCCUCGCUGUCGGGCCUGCCUCCACCGCUAGGGGCUUCAUGGCGCGCUGUGGCGCUCGCUCAGGAGACCGCCAGGCGGCCGCUGUCGCCCGUAGGUGCCUUUCCGCAGCCCGCAUCAGCUUCCUGUGCUUCGUCGUCUUUUCCCUCGCUUCCGCCACCCGGCGGCUACCCCUCUUCUCCAUCUCCGCCGUAUUCUUCCUCUUCGCCGUCUCUCCCGCGCCCGCCAGGGGCUUCGCCUCCGUCACUGACUCGUGCGCAGCAGCCGCCUCCAUCUUCGCUACCUCAUGGGGCUGCCCACCGGCCGCCGCUGCCACCGCGUAGGCUUCUUCAGGGGGUGCGGCCGCGCGCCGCGCCGGGCUCCGCUCUCCCUCAGGGACUGCCGUGCCCUGCUGGGGUCCUGCAGGCCGCUUCCGGCGCUUUCUCUGCGCCUUCGUUUCUCUCGCCGCCGCAUCCUUCGUUUGCUCCGUCUCCACCCUGGAAAGGGUCGCCGAGCGGCAAGCUUGACGACGGCCUAGCGCAUGUGUCGCUGCCAGCAAACCCCACUUUUGAGGACCGGCUCUUCUUCAGUCUACUCCCGCUGGUUCAGGGGGUCGAGUGCCCCGCGGCGGGCCCCCCGGCUGGCGACAAGGCCCGGACCGCCCGACCGCGGCCGCGGGCCUCCGACCGCGGGCGGAGCCCGAGCCCGGCCGCGGGACAGCAGCCCGACGCCCAGGCGAAGGAGGCUCUGGAGCUGCUGCAGACAAAGCGGACGCUUCUUCUGCAGCUCUACGCUAUCAUCUACGGAGAGGCGGCGUCACCUCAACGCGGGUCGGCGUCGGUCGCCUCCGCGUAUCUGCGCCCGGCGCCGGCGCAAGCGGCGCAGCUCGCGCGCAGCCCGCUGAGCGCCGCGGUUCUCUCGAACACCCUGCCUGACUUUCGCCGACUGGCGAGUGCGUCAACUUGGACGCCGAAGGCCCUCCGCGCCCUAACGGAGAAAUACGGGUCCCUGGCAGACCUCGCGCAGACGCCGAGACGCGACAACAGCCCCUCCCCGCAAGUCUGGCUCGCGCUCUUCUACACUCUCCAGCGCAUGGGCCCGAAGGACUCGUACGACCGCCUCUUUCUCUUCUUUCUGCGCGCGCUGCUGCCGAGUUUCCCCCACUUUUUCGAGGCUCCUCCCUCGUCUGCGUUUGCGGCGGCCGAGGAGACGCCCGCGGAACGCGUGGGCGAAGGCGCGAGGCAAAAAGAAGAGGCCGCGCAGGCCCGUCGCGUGGCGGGGGGCCAAACCCGUGCGCGCAGUGGGAGAGACUACGAGCCUCUCUUUCUCCGCUUCGAUCCUGAAACUCUGCUGCCUCUCACUGAAGCGCUCGCGCGAGCGCGCCUGCCGUACGCGUCACUCUUUUGCCUGCAAGGCGGGCUGUCUCUGUACGGCGCUCAGCUCGUGAAGACCGAGGCAGACGCACAGCUGGCGCUUCGCAUUCUGCGGGGCAUCGCCCUCAGCCUUGCAGACCAGAUCAAAUUCCCGCGGCAAGCUCCACUGCGCGCGCAGAAGCUCCCCUCCGCACCAGGCUCGCCGACCUCGUCGGGCUCGCCUACCCCUCCGGCCCCGCCUUCCUCGCCUGCGCCCUCGCAGGAGACCUUCGCGGGCGCCGCUGCGCCGUGGAAGUCGCCGCGGACGGUGGACGAGCCACACACGGAGGGCGGCUACGGCCGAGCUAGCUACGCGGUUCUGGCUGCCUGGCAGCAGCUCUGGCUGUUGUAUCAGCGCCUACCCGACGUGGCGCCCGCGAGCAAGAUAUCGUUUUUCCUCCAGGCAAGUUUAGCUUCUGAGACUGGCCGCGUGUACAGUGUCGAGUGGAUAUGA